UAUAUAUAUAUAUAUAUAUAUAUAUAUAUACACAACUAUAUAUGUUCAUUUUGGUCCACAGUUUCUUGCCGAAAAAGUCCAUCACUCUGACACACUCAACCAUGUUCAUCUUCCUUCUAGCUUUCAUCUCUCUAGGGCUUUUCCUUCUCUCUUUCAUCCUUCAGAUUCAUCAGGAUCGUUGGAUGAUCAAAUCGUCCACCACUCAUCAUGGCCCUACUUCGUACCCGAUUCUUGGCUGUCUGAUUUCUUUCUACAAAAAUCGCCAGCGCCUUUUGGACUGGUACACAGACAUCUUAUCCAAGUCACCCACGCAGACCAUCGUGGUGCGCCGGCUCGGUGCUCGCCGGACUGUCGUCACCGCAAACCCUGCUAAUGUGGAGUACCUGCUCAAGACCAACUUCAAGAACUUCCCCAAGGGCAAGCCAUUCACCGAAAUCCUCGGGGAUCUUCUCGGCUUUGGGAUAUUCAACGUCGACGGUGAGUUAUGGUCCACUCAGCGUAAAUUGGCCAGUCAUGAAUUUAGCACCAAAUCCUUGAGAGAGUUCGUUGUCAAAGCACUCGAAGACGAAGUCAAUCAACGACUGGUACCAUUGCUUGAAGAGGCUGCUGAGAAUGGGAAAAUGUUGGACUUGCAGGAGAUGUUUAGGAGAUUUGCGUUUGACACCAUCUGUAAGGUGUCGUUGGGGACAGACCCGUGUUGCCUAGACCUGUCGCGCCCGGCGCCGACGCUUGUGAAAGCCUUUGACAGAGCGUCCGAGAUAAGCGCCAUGCGUUCAAUGGCACCGGUGUUCUUGGUGUGGAAGACGAAGCGCUUGUUGAACAUAGGCUCGGAAAAGAAGCUCAAAGAGGCGCUCAACGUCGUGCAUGGCUCUGUGGCCGACAUCAUACGAGACAAGAAGCGAAUGCUCGAAGAAGAUCAAGAAAACAAAUGUGCAGACGGCGACUUGUUGUCGAGGUUGUUGCUGGCGGGGCACGACGAGGAGGUGGUGAGAGAUAUGGUUAUAAGCUUCAUCAUGGCCGGACGAGACACCACGUCAUCGGCCAUGACGUGGCUGUUUUGGUUGCUUUCUAAGUACCCAACACAAAAGGAACUCAUUCUAAACGAACUCAGCUCGAUACUCAACGAUGGCGAAAAGGAAAAGCCGUUGGAUUUUGAAGCUCUCAAGGAGAUGAAGUUUCUAAAGGCUUGCUUGUGCGAAUCCAUGCGGCUCUACCCGCCCGUUGCGUGGGACUCCAAGCACGCUCUCGUCGCCGACACUUUGCCGGACGGGACUCCGGUUGGGAAGGGAGACAGAGUCACGUAUUUUCCUUAUGGGAUGGGGAGGAUGGAGGAGCUCUGGGGAACGGACCGGUUCGAGUUUAAACCGGACCGGUGGUACGAUCAACCGGGUGGAGAGUUGAAACAUGUGAGUCCGUACAAGUUCCCGGUUUUCCAGGCCGGUCCGAGGGUGUGCCUUGGGAAGGAGAUGGCUUUUAUACAGAUGAAGUAUGUGGUGGCUACGCUUCUGAGGCGGUUCGAGUUCAGGCCGGUUUGUGAGAAGCGGCCGGCUUUUGUUCCUUUGUUGACUGGUCAUAUGGCCGGUGGGUUCAAUGUCAGGGUACGUAAGAUCAGUAGUGGCCAUUAAUAUUCACCAUUGCAUUGCACUUUGUAAAGUUAGUGGCUUGUCCAAAGCCACAGUACUCUACUUUUUCCAACGUUCUAUUUCUAAAUCCAAGCUUCGGAAUGUUGUUGAAACUUAAUUAUAUCGGAAACUAGGGUUCGGUUUCGGUCAAGUUUCAGUUUGAAUUGAAUCCGUCAAGACUAGAAUUUACUUGUUUCAUAACAAGACAUGAACAACAUAUGUUCUAAUUCUAACAGGUCGGGUUUCAAAUUAGGCUUGCAUAGUUGCAAUAUAAUGUUGUCAUCAUAUAUAAUUAAUUUUAAGAUCCUUCCGAGGCCAAAGGGUCUUUAUAAGCACACUAACAUUUUGAAAAUUUAAGUUAUUCAUGUCUUAGAUUUAGUCUGC